AUGCAAUCUAACAGUAGAACGCAUCUUUCGAGGGUAUCAAAGGCAGAUUCGUCCAUUUCACGGAAGAAUGUAUUAUUCGUUCCUGGAUCUGCCAAGUCUGGUGCUGAUGAACCACUAGAUCCUUCGCCAUCGUGUUCAACAAUCGCGGGACUGUCCCCAAAAAAGUCAGCUCGAAAACCGAAAGAGAAGCUGCAGAAACGAGCAGCAACACAGUGGGGAAUUGAGGAAAUAAUUAUAUUUUAUGAAGCCCUGAAGGAGGUAAGUGUUUCAAACCUUCGUUUUGAAUGUCAUUUGGAUAAUUUAAGUAUUAUACGUGUUUCAGAACGGAAAAAAUUUUGAGCAAAUCUCGUAUUAUCUUGAAAAGAAGAAGUACGUUCGAGACAAGGAUCAAAUUAAGAAUUUCUAUUACAAUACCUACAAGAUGUACAAAGAGAAGGCCGGUAUUACUGAUGAGGAAUGGGAUGGGGCUCCGCAUGGGGCGAGAGAAUUAUUUAUUGUUCUGAAUGCGUUAGAAUGGAAGAAACGAACUUCGAACGGAGUGAUUCAGCCUCAGAAGUUUAAGUCUUUAGUCUUAACUGGAUCUGCCGUCCUCAAAAUCCCUCAAAAAAGAAGUUCGAUAACAAUAAAAACGCCUUCUUGUGUUGCUUUUCACAAAUACUUUCCUUGUAGGUUUUCUUUACUAUUUAUUGGUAAUAAUUUUAGCCUUAAGACAAUAUGCCCGUGCGCCUCAGACCGUCUCGGUAUUUUUGACGCCCUAUUCGUACACAUCUAAACAUUAUGUGAAUACGAAAUGUGAAGUUAAUCCUAUUCUUAAUGUGAAUAUUCCUUGUGGGGCUUCUUUAUCUCAAUUAUUUGAUUUUCUAGAACAAAAGUGGCAAUUUUGCGAAGGAGAAGUGAGUCCGAUAAUGUCUUUGUAUAAGGUCGUGUUUAGGAAAUAACAUCUCGACCGAUAAUUCGAUUGUAUUCUCCAGACGAUUUUAAGCCGAGCUUGGUCGAAUUAAGAUUUGCGAAAGAAACAAUUCCGUCUUUGAAUUCGUUAAAGCAGAUUCGAAAGAAGAACAAAGAAGAUCGGGCUGAAUAUCUGGACUUUGGUGAUAUUUUUAAAAAUGGAAUCGACAGAACAAAUUGCCACACUCUCAACUUCCUGCAGCUUUUUUUGUUUGUACGUGGUUUAUACGGUUGGUUGAACCACUCAUCGGGUUUCUUUUAAUCUGAGUAUAUCCCUGAUGACUUUAAUACGUCUUAUUGCAGUUCAAUGAGAGCGAGAAGAUAACUUUGAGAUAUGAGAUUGCAUGUGACACGGAACGCGUUAAUUGUUUCGAGAAACUGAAUGAACUCUUUGUUGAAUGUGAUGAUAUUUUUGCCGAACUUAAGAUGGACAAGCGAUUCAAGGAAUUUUCGGAGAGUUCUGAAGGCCUUCCAUCGAAACGACAGCCCAAUAAAAGAUUGGCCGAAGUAGUUUGUAAUCAAGGGAAUGUGGUUGACAAUGAAAGAAAUAUGUUUGUAAAACAACUUGCGAUGCUGCGAAAGACCGGACGGGAUAAUAAGAAAAGAAAAGGUGCUCCAAAUAUGGUAAGAUUUCUUUCUGUAACUAUUUUCUGAAUAUUUUUUUAGCCACGCCAAAGCCCCUCUCCGUCUACCUCGAAAGAAAUGCCCACGGACUUUUCUCCAAUUGGUGGGCAAAGUGUCUCUGUGGCUGAAUUUGCAACCAGCACAGAGUCGGCUCAACAGCCUGUUCAUGUUCAACUUGAGUGUUUCGAGCAACCCUUGGAAUUCGAUGAUGACCCUCAUGAGGAUCGCCAGUUCUUCGAAAUGCAAAGUUACCCAGUAUGUUUUGUUUUUGUUGUAUUUUUCUUAUUAAAACUGUUUAUUUUAUUUACUGUGUAGCGGUUGGAAGGGAUUCCCGGAUCCAGCAAUACAUUCGACCAAAUCCUGAACGAACCAGGCCAUCCGGAAUUUAUGUCCCCAUCCAAAAGUUUACUGGAUGACACGUUCCAUUUAUUCGACUCCAUGAUGGAUGUAAAUAGCUGUGAUUUAAUCGCAAACUUCUCUCAGUUGGUAAAUCAUAUGAAUGAUUCACAAAGUCAGUUCUCGAAUUUGUGA